CCAAUAGAAAAUAUUGGGCCGGGUCCGAUAAAACAUUUAUAUAAGAAAUUUCACGCUAAACCAUAUCUUCUUCUGAAAUUUUUAGGGUUUUUGCUAUUGUGUGCUUUCCUUGUUCCUCCGCCAUCUUCGGCCAGCCACCAUGGUUCUUCAAAAUGAUAUUGAUUUGUUAAACCCACCAGCUGAGCUUGAGAAGAGAAAGCACAAGCUCAAACGUCUUGUUCAAUCACCAAACUCUUUCUUCAUGGAUGUAAAAUGUCAGGGUUGUUUCAACAUAACAACUGUCUUUAGCCACUCUCAGACUGUUGUCGUGUGCGGCAACUGUCAGACCGUCUUGUGCCAGCCAACAGGUGGACGUGCAAGGCUUACAGAAGGUUGCUCUUUUAGGAAGAAGGGAGAUUAAAUGGUGUGUCAUCUUUUCAUUGUGUCAAUAAUCGGAGAGUUUCACUUCUUGGAAUUAAGAUAGAAUCAAUGUCUUUUCAUGUUUUAGUUUUGAUGUAUUAAUUUUUGUUAAGAUGUAAGACUUGAUGCCACAAUCUUAUCCAAGACUUUAAUCUUAGCAUUUCAAUUUACUAUUGGGCAUCUGGUUAUGGUAGAUGUUUGGUUUUUUUUUGGUAUCAUGUUAUCAUAUUAUUACUGAAUAUUUAUUGGUUUAAUGUAUGUUUCUUCGUUUUUA